UAAAGCAGAGCUCAUCUGUGCAAUCAGUGCAUCCUCAGAAACACACAUCAUGAUGCGAGAAUCUCCAUCAGUCUGUGAAGAAAUGUGGGUCUCCUGCGCGUGGAUACCCUUCCAGACCUCAUAGUUCUUCUGCGCAUCCUGUGAGUCUAUAAAGUGAUGCAAGCCCUCCAUAGACCGGUGCUGGUCCGAGCACCCGAGACCGAGCUGUUGCUGGAGAGGAUGGCGGAGUACCUGAACCAGAGCUCCGUUAAUGGAUCUGGAUCCGAUUCGACCCGCUUCAGCAACCUCGAGGACAUCGACUUGGCCGCGGACGGGACCCUGGAGCUGCGCGUCAUGAUAUCGAUCGUGUACUCGGUGGUGUGCGCGGUGGGUCUGGUGGGGAACCUGCUGGUGUUUUUCCUUAUAAAGGUCCGGCAGAGAAGAAAAAAGUCCACAAUUAACUUUUUCAUACUAAAUCUCGCCGUCACGGACUUUCAAUUCGUGCUAACGCUUCCGUUUUGGGCUGUGGAAAACGCGAUGGACUUUAGCUGGCCGUUUGGACACGCCAUGUGUAAGAUUGUCCUCACGGUGACCGUGAUGAACAUGUACGCGAGCGUUUUCUUCCUCACCGCGAUGAGUGUGACGCGUUACUGGUCCGUGGCUUCAGCGCUCAAGGAUCGAACCCGCAACAAAACGUGCUCGGUGAAGCUGGUCAGCGCGCUUUUGUGGGUCCUCGCCACGGUGGCCACGGCACCCACGGCCAUAUUCUCCACCGUGUCCAAGAUUAACGGCGUCAAACUGUGCCUGCUGAGGUUCCCAGAUGGACAGCACUGGCUCGCGCUCUAUCACCUCCAGAAAAUACUAGUUGCAUUUGUGUUUCCGAUGCUCAUCAUCACUGUGUGUUAUUUGCUCCUUUUGCGCCUCAUUCGCCUCAGGAGUAUGAACAACAAUCUCCCGAAACGCAGAUCUAGAGUCACCAAAUCCGUCACUAUUGUGGUCUUAUCAUUCUUCAUUUGCUGGAUUCCAAACCACGCCAUCACCUUCUGGGGCGUCCUGGUGAAGUUCAAUGUGGUGAACUGGGAUAAAGUCUACUACAUGCUCCACACAUACGUGUUCCCGGUGACCGUCUGCCUGGCGAACGUCAACAGCUGUCUGAAUCCGGUGUUGUAUUGCCUGAUGCGGAGGGAGUUCAGGAAAAUGUUGAAGGAUUUUUUCUGGCGAAUAUCCUCGCCGGCCAUCGCCAACGGCUGUCAGGUCCGUCCGUUUUCCGGUACCGUGAAAGAACAUGAUGACAGCCAGGCGGCGAUUCCGUUGAAUGUAAUGGAGACUGAGCAGUUCAGACUGUCGGUGGUGAACGGGCCAUGCGACGCGUUACCGUCCACAGACUGCGCCGUUAAAAGGUAGAUGCGUAAAAGCGCAAAGCUGUGCGUAAAAGCGCACUGCUCACUUACAGCUACUGGUGAAGAAGGGAAUUUUGAGUCCCCUGCAAUCUUUAAGGAUGUUGUUCAACCUUAAAACUGUUUAUUAUUAUUAUUAUCAUCAUCAUCAUUAUUAUAUGAAGUUGUGUAAUGUGCAAGGUGUCAAAUUACGCGCAGAAUAAGAUGUUAGACUAUCGCAACCAUGUGUCUGCCUAAAGCAACAGUUCAAAACCGUGUGUUUCUGUCCACAUAAGCUAUUUCUGAACUUAAAAAAGUGACUUUUAUUCGGUGUAAACGUGCGCAUUGAUGUAUAGAAUAUCUAAAUAAAAUACUGAGCUGAAACGUUAUUGCAAUUUUACACCUUUCAUUUGUUUUGAGUAUAAUGUUGCAUACGAAAUAUGCCCUAUAUAUAUAUAUAUAUAUAUAUAUAUAUAUAUAUAUAUAUCUAAAUAAAUAAAUAAAUAAAUAUAUUAAAAAUAUUGAAUUGCAAAGGUUUAUAUAUAUAUAUAUAUAUAUAUAUAUAUAUAUAUAUAUAUAUAAUUGAUAGAUUCAUUAUGUAUUAACCAGAAAGCAGUAAAUAUAAUUUGAUAAAAUAUUAUAUUAUAAAGUAUUUCAACUAUUAUAGAUUAUAAUAUAUACUAUAUAUAUAUCGAUUGUUUUAAAUUAAUAAUUUAAUAUAAUGUAAUAAUAAUUUUUUUAAUAUAUUUAUUACAUUAUACAUUAAAUUGUAAAAUGUACAGUGUAUAAAUUACAUAAAUUCUAUAAAUAUUAUAUAAAUUACAUAUAUAUUUUUUUUUACUUAAAAUACAAUAAACAACUGAUUUCAAACCUCAUUUUUAUUUUUUGGAGUAAAAUAUUGUUGCAUUUGAAAAAGAGAGGAAAAAAAAAAAAGACCUGCCCCAUGAUUAUAAUUUCACCGAUGGGCAUGAUGAAUAAACCAGUUUAUUUAUAUGUAAUUUGAUCAAAUAUGCAAAUUAAGAAAUAACUUGUUCUUGUUCUCAUUUUGCCAAUAAUUCAUUUUGAAGUAAAAAAAAAAAGAAAAAAGAUUUAAAUAACUUCAUUGAUGAACAUACUUGUAAAUGAACUAGAUCUUAAUGGAGUCACUUUAAACGGGGGGAGGAAAAAAAAUAAAAUAAAUAUAUCUGUUUCUGACCUCCUUUUAUUGCCUGGAAACUUUGCAAAUGAUUAAAAUGUAUUGUUCAUUUGAAGUGUAAUAAAGCUGCAAUGACCAAUGCUCUGAAAGGAAAUGAAUGUGAACAGUGUUACUAUGUUGUCCAUUUGAAGGGCAUAAUAAAAGUGCAGUCUUAUCAUAGCAGUGUUUGUUUUGCUCAUAAACACAAUUACAAAGGGCUUGAACUUUUACUGGCAUUCCAUCUAAUUAACAUUAAACUGGACUAAAUCUAACGUUAUAUCUCUCUUCAGCUUUACUUUAGUUUAUUAUCUGAAUGUAGACACACAAAUCCAUGCAAACAAUAACAUGACAACAGGGGAAUUUACGAGCUUUAUGAUUCAAAGAUGGC